UAGAUGUAUUUUCUCUCUUUUCUAAUUUUCUUGUCAUAUAUUUAGGCUUGGAAAGGACCCUUUUGCCCUUCCCUCGUGCAUGAAUUAGGCGACGUCCGCUCGCAUCAUCUUCUCGUUCUGGACGCAUCGUCUUCUCGUUCCGAUCGUGACCUCGCGCCGCCGCCUUCUCGUUCCUGCACCGGCCACCGCCCCACCGUCGGUCCCCGCCCCGCCCUGGCCACGCCCGCCCUUGCGGCGCCUGGUCUGGCCGCGCCGGCCAUGGCCGAGGGCAGGUCGCCGUUCGCGAUCCGUGGGGGGAAUGCGAUUUCGCUUGCCGAACCGGAGGGGAUCGCUUCCCGUUCAAACAUGCCUUUCCUUUCCUCAUCACCGGAUCAAUCAAGGAAAAUCGACCAGCGCGUUGUUGCGUAGGGUUCUGCUCCUGAGCGCAGGAAGCCUGGCGACCUGCUAUGGACCUGGUGGGACCGUUGCUGGUGGCCAUGGCCAGCUCGCUUGACGCCCCCGGGCUCCAGUUCUUCUGCUGGCUCAUCACCGCGGGCUCCUUCGGCCUCGCCGCGCUCAUCUACGCGCUCCUCCGCCUGCAGCGCGAGGCCUCGCUCUACCGGACCAAGGCGGCCGCCAGGGAGAAGCGCGCCGCCUGGAAGACCCUGCGGGGUGCGGUGCCCGAGCUCCAGCCACACGUGGACCGAGGACUACUUCCGCGGUGGGCAAUCCAUAGCCAUCGACGUGUCGCGUGCGUGUGCCUCUCGUCCCUCGGCUCUGCGCAGGGUGUGGUGGGCUCCAGGGCCGCCGAGGCCGACGUGGUCCACCGCUGCUCCGUUUGCGGGGUGGCGGCGCACUCCUACUGCUCGAGGGGCGCCGAGAAGGACUGCAAGUGCGUCGCGCAGGCUGGGGUGUCGCUGUCGCCCUUGCUGCACCACUGGCUGUGGCGGAGGCAGCGGCAGCGGCAGCGGCUAGCCUGCCUGCCCGUGAAGGCAGCACGAAGGCACGUCGUAAUCGAUGCAAGAGUGAAGGGUAAAAUGGUCUUUUCAUAG